AUGCCUAAAGUAUUUUUACCUCAAAUACUAUGGCAUAGCAAGGAUAAUAAACGUUGUGAUCGUAUUUAUUCCAUACAUUUCCAACCCGUUACACAUUCAAGUAAUAACGCGCAAACCAUCACAGAAAACCCUAAAAAUAAUACUCACAACGAUACUCACUUACCUAAUAAUACAAGUAACAUAAAUCAUAAUAUCGACAAUAUAAACAACAAUACCAGUGGCGUACCUAAUGUUGAAAAUCAUGUAAAUAAUGACACCAACGCAACUAAUAACAAUGCAACUAGUAGUUCAGAAAAUAAUGUAAAUAAUACAACUGUUAAAACCAAUAGUACUGAUACAAGUAAUAACACGGAUAAUGUAAUAGUAUUAAGAUUAGCGACAGGAGGAGCGGAUGAGUUUGUUCACAUAUGGCAAAUAACUAUCCACGACGACGCUCCUCAGUAUACUCGUUACGUGAAGAGCGUCGAGGGCUCAGGCGAGAAGGCUGACUUUGAACAGCCUCUUUCCAUUAAGAUUUUAGCUCGUUUGGUAGGGCACAUUGGCGAGGUCAAUUCUGUCAGAUGGUCAAAUUCCGGCAAUAUUUUAGCUUCUGGCGGUGAAGAUCGUUGUAUAUUUCUAUGGAUGAAGAGUAACAAACCGAAUAACCUCAAUGAAGAUACGCAAUACGAUUAUGAAGAAUACUGGGCCAAAACGCAUUAUUUCAGUUAUAAAAUCAAUAAACUAGUACUGAUAAUAUUGUAUAGAUUAUCGAAUGUGGUGAAUACAAUAAGUUGGUGUCCUGAUGACAAAGUAUUAUCGGUAUCUACAGAGGACGGCCAUGUGUCUCUGGUUGACACUCAAAUUGAGGGUCCAGGCAAAAUUAGAUACUUUGACGGACACUCAAACUUCGCUCAAGGAGUCUCGAUCGAUCCGAAAAAUGAACUCUUAGCUUCCAUGGGAUCUGAUCAAUCACUAAGAGUGUGGAAAAGAAGAAAUCAAAAAGGAUGGAAGAAUGUAUUAGUACUUAAAGCUGCAAGAGAUCGAGGCGAUCUCAUCCCAGUGAGUGAAUUGGAGAAUAACUUGGAACUGAGGAAGUAUGGCCGCUAUGUGUUUAUGUCAGAAGAGUUGAAGACGUUCUUUAGAAGGCUUGAUUGGUCUCCUGAUGGUCGUCUUCUAGUAACUCCAGCAGGGAUCAGACAUGAACGUAACACUUUAGAAGAUAACCCCUCUGAAGGCCCACAAACCACUUCCUACACUUUGUACAUUUUCCACAGGAAGCUGUUAAAUUUUGGGAUUCCAAUGCUAACCCACCAGUCACCCACAGGACCCUUUGUGGUUGUGAAAUUCUGUCCAAUCAACUUCUCAAACAUUGAUAAGAAGAGACAAAACUUCUUCAACCUACUCAUGAACUCCGCAAAGAACAAGUUAAAGCCUAUUAAGAGAAAGUUGGAGAAGCAAGAAAAAUCCUCCGUGCUAAAUUUCACAAAAAUCGACUCUUUCUUCACUUUAAACAAUAAUACCACAAGUGCUGCAGCCGACAGUGCUGAUAACCCUGAUGAUACAACCAAUGUUGCUGAUACUGGGGAUAAUAUUGUGAAUGCGGAAGAGGUUGAGGAAAUAAUUUGUGAUAAUAGUCAGUCGACAAAUUCAACAGAACUUACAGAAUUAAUGCCCUACGACAACGACCCGGUUAACAACGAUGAUACGACUAAUAGUGUAAAUGAGUACGGUGAUGAAUUAAUGGAAUUAGAAAUUGGAGUGAAUACAAAUACCGAAGAUCAAGUGACUGGUGAAGGAAACCAGCUAAUGCAAAAUCACCAAUAUACUACUACUACUAAUGAUGAUGAUAUUGAUUACAAAAGUAACCUUGAGGAGUUUUCUUCAGAAAUUUUCAAUACUGAUAAUACUUGUGAAAAUACAGUUGAAAAUGGAGCCAAUGCUAAUACGGUUGACAAUAGAACCGAUGAUAAUACAGUUGAUGUAGUUGACCAUACAGAUGACAUAAUAGAUAAAAGAUAUAAUUUGAGAAAAGUAAGAAAGAGUAUAAUACCAAUUUAUAAUAAUGAAAUAGUAAAACCGAAACAUAAACUGGUUAAACAUAAAUCGAAUAAACAUAAACAUACAAAUAAAACAAAUGAAAGCAAUAAUUUGAAUGAGAAAAGUGGAAUGGAGCUGGAGGAGGAAUAUGAUACGGAUAUAGAAGAAGAAUUGAGUAUACCAAGAUAUGUAUUUGCAGCAGGGACAAUUGACGGAUCGCUGUGUUUUUAUGACACAAAUGAAAAGUCAGGACCAAUUGCAGUGCUAAAAAAUCUACACCUCUGCCCAAUCACAGAUAUCUCCUGGUCUCCAGACGGAUGCAUCUGCGCUACAUCUUCCUCAGACGAUGAUAUGGUAAAAAAUAAGAAAAAUGUGAUAGAAUCGGCACUUUCGAAAUUAAGAAACCAAAGAGAAGGAAAGGGGAACCUAAUCGAUGAAUACCAAGUGGAAGAUGAAAACGAUCAGAUUUAUGAAAUCAUAACCGAGGAAGAAUUUAACGAGAGGAACAGAAAAAGAAAACUUGAAGAUUUCAUCGAAGGACCAGGUAAUGGAUCACUACAACCAAUUCGUGCCACUAUUUUACACAUUCAUCAAGCUCUUUUACACAUUUAUUACUCUAGUUACAUAAUUUUCAUUCUUAUUUAUCGAUGGCAGAGAUAUAAACUAACUAAAAAAUUUUAG